CUUGAAAUAAAAAAACGUUGAACCUGCUCCGUAAAAUUCAUCAUCCUCUUAGCUCCUUCCGCCGAACCAGGCAUCCAGGGAGAAACGACGGAGUUCGCCCGGGAAGAAAAUUCGCCGGAAAGCUACGCCGGAAUCCAUUCGCCGCUUCGUGAUUCAUCACCAAAUUCUUGAGGUAGGGAUCAAGGAUUGGAUGAAGAGUAGCCUGGAGGACAGUGAAUUAACAUGGGAAACCACCAAGCUGUUCCCGUACGUACAAACGUUGCACGCGCCGCCAUAGGCGCCACAGUCGGUGCGGUGGUUCUCUACAAUUCGAAGUACACCGUUGACGGGGGGCAACGCGCCGUGAUUUUCGAUAGGUUCCGAGGAGUGAUGGAGGAGACGGCAGGGGAGGGGCACCACUGGAAGCUUCCCUGGGUUCAGAGGGCGGUGAUCAUGGACAUCCGCACAAGGCCCCACACCUUCUCCUCCCGCACACCCACCAAGGACCAGCAGGUGGUGGACCUGACCCUCCGGGUGCUCGCCCGACCCGACGUCUCACGACUUCCUUCCAUCCUCAAAACCCUAGGCCCGGACUACGACACCAAGGUUCUCCCGUCGAUCGCCAGCGAGGUCUUGAACGGGGUGGUGGCCCAGUUCGACGCGGACCAGCUGCUGACCCUGCGCCACCGGGUAUCGGGCAUGGUUCAGGAGAGCCUGGCCCGGCUGGCGCAUGGGUUCAAUAUUGUUCUGGAAGAUGUUUCGAUAACUGAGCUUUCGUACGGGGAGGAGUUCGCCAAGGGGGUGGAGCAGAAGCAGGUGGCGCAGCAGGAGGCGGAGCGGUCGAGGUUCGUGGUGGUGAAGGCGGAGGAGGAGUGCCGGGCGGCGGUCGUACGGGCUGAGGGCGAGAGUGAAUCUGCAAAGAUGAUUUCUGAUGCCACGGCGGAGGCUGGGAUGGGGUUGAUAGAGCUCCGAAGGAUUGAAGCGUUAAAAGAGAUUGCAUCCACUUUGGCUACACGUGAUGAGACUCCUAAUCAUAUUAUUCAAUACCUCCCUAAAAACAUCAAUGUAGCUAUGGGGUGCGAUUUCUGUCUUCCCGACGGCCAAAUCAGCCCUCCACCGCCGCCAGAUCAGACUCAUCCCGCCGGAGGGGUGUGGUUGCCGAAUGCAAGAGAUAGGAAGAAGAGAGGAGGAAGAGAAGGGACAAAGAAAGAAAGGAACGAAAAGGGCUGAUUCCAUAUUCCAUGAAUGACGGCAAGAGUUAAAUACUACCUCCCCUCCCUUUCUCAAAAGAGUUCCUAUUUUGACUUUGGGGGAAAAUAAGGAAGUGUUAAAUUGUAGUUGACUUUCCAAUUUUGUCCUUGAUGUGAUGGGUAAAAGUAAGAUGUUAUAGUUUAGUUGUUAGUGAAAAAAGUAUGAUAUGAUAGGUAUGGUAUGAAAAAGUAGGGGUAAAAGUGGUUUUUGAAUAGAAAGGAGAAGUGUUUUAAGAAAAACAAAAAAAAUGAAAGAGGAAUGGUUUU